AUGCCCACGGUGGACGGCAGGCUGACUGUCGGUGCCGCUGCGGCCGGCUACAUUCUCUGGAAGGGCUGGAAGAGCCUGGCGGUACCGGCGUGCGUGGAAGGCGAAGGGCUCACGGUCUUCAAGUGGUUCUUCUCGCCGCCCGCUCGCUUGGUGCACGUCACAACGCUGCUGUCCAAGGCGCCGGCCACAUUUCACGAGAUUGACCUCUCGCUGGGGCAGCAGCUGCAGUGGUGGUUUCUGCGCGUCAAUCCCGCGCAUCAGGUCCCGGCGUGCGUGGAGGGCGGACAGUUCAUGGCUGAGUCUCGAGAUCUGGCUCGCCACAUCUUUGAAAAGUAUAACACGGAUCCGGCAAACGACCACUGGUACCCUCGAGAUCCUGCCAGGCGGCGGGCGGUGGACGAGUGGAUGGACUGGUCCAAGCCGCUGCAUCUCUGCAUAGAGUCGCAGGUGGCGCUCCGCCUCGCCGCGACGCCUGGCAUGCCGUGGCGCGAGAACUACGGGAUUGUGCCGGUCCUGGUCGGAUCGUUGCUCGAUCCGCCAGGAGGGAGGGAGUCACUCUUGGCGUCGAAGCUGCGGGAGCAUCUCGACGACGCAGAGAGGAUAAUCAGCAAGCGGUCGAUCGGCGGCGUGGCAGAUCUGAACCUGGGCGACCUAACCACGCUGCAGGAGGUGUGCAUGGCCUUCGAGUGCUUCGAGGGGACAACCGAGAUCAUCCCCUCCUCGACGAGCCUAUGGAAGGAGUACCCGCACCUCGCGCACCUGUACGACGUCUUCCAGGGCGUUCCGGAGUUUACGGCGGUGCACGCGCCGUUCCUGGCCUUUUGCAAGCGGUACCGCCAGGUGCGAGGCCUCAAGGACACGCCACUGACGAGGGCGAGAGGCGUGCUGACCACGAUCUCCUCCUUCCUCCCAUACGCCAUAUGGAACGCGGUUCUCGCCAAGCUCUACCCAUUCGGACCGCGCCAGCGGCAGAGGUAG